AUGAAUGGCCACGCAACUGCCCAGUCAGAGUCGUGCUUCGAUGUGAUUAUCGUUGGUGCAGGCAUCUCCGGCAUUAACGCCGCCUACCGCAUCCAAGACCAGCUGCCUAACUUCAGCUAUGCGAUCCUCGAAGCUCGCGAGGACCUGGGUGGUACCUGGGAUUUGUUCCGCUACCCCGGCAUUCGCUCAGACUCGGAUCUGUUUACCUUCGGCUUCGCCUUCAAUCCCUGGAACCACAACAACCCCAUCGCAGAGGGCUCCGCGAUUAAGCAAUACAUGCGCGACACCGCCCAGAAGUAUGGUAUCGACGAGCACAUCCUGUUCCGUCACCAUCUGUCGUCUGCCGACUGGUCCACGACAGACAAUACCUGGUCACUGGCCGUCAAUGUGGACGGUGUGCCCAAGACCAUGACCGCGCGCUUCUUGAUCUUCGGCACCGGCUACUACGACUACAAUCAGCCCCUGCAGGCUAAGAUCCCCGAUCUAGAUAACUUCCAGGGCAAAGUCAUUCACCCGCAAUUCUGGCCCGAGGACCUCGACUACAAGAACAAGAAGGUCGUAAUCAUCGGUAGUGGCGCUACCGCGAUCACGCUCCUGCCUAAUUUGGCAAACGAGGCGGCGCAUGUAACAAUGCUACAGCGUAGUCCGACCUACAUUUAUUCAGUCCCCAACCAAAAACCCCACGGUAGGCUAUCAUACCUACUGCCAUCAGGCAUCUACCACGGAGUACAACGCGCUAUCUGGAUCCUAAGACAGCGUAUGUUCUUCCUCUUCUGUCAGCGAUUCCCCUCCUUCGCGACCUGGAUCUUGAAGCGAGGCUUGGAAAAGGAACUGCCUGGCCACAUCUCCUACGACCCGCAUUUCAAGCCUCACUACAACCCCUGGGACCAGCGAAUGUGCGUCUGCCCAGAUGGCGACUUCUUCGCUAGCCUGCGCCGUGGCAAGGCGGAUGUCUGCACCGACACCAUCAAAACCGUCAACGAGAAGGGUAUCACCCUUAACGGGGGCGAGAUGCUCGACGCGGAUAUCAUCGUCACAGCGACUGGGCUCAAACUACAGAUCGGCGGCGGCGUCGCGCUUAGCGUGGACAGGCAGAAGAUCGACGUCGGCUCUAAGUACCUGUGGAACGGAUUCAUGCUGCAGGAUCUUCCCAACGCCGCCUUCGUGAUCGGAUACACCAACGCUUCAUGGACACUGGGUGCCGACGCCAUCGCGCAAUGCAUCGCCCGCAUUCUCAAGACGCUCGAGUCGCGCAAGUUAGUCGCUGCUGUCCCGUGUUUGAAGGCCCAGGAUGCCCGGAAUCUCCAGGAGCGCCCACUGCUGAAACUCAAGUCGACAUACGUUAACCUCGGUUCCCAUGCUCUGCCUCGCGCGGCGGAUCGGGGCCCUUGGCAGCCGCGUGAUCACUAUGGUAAGGAUAUUCGCUUCGCGAGGAAAGGGAACCUUGAUGAUGGGCUCGAGUUUGUGCAAGGCCCCAGUCUGCAUUUGCGAAAGAGGCUAACUUGA